CAAAGCUGCUUGUGUGUGGCCCAGUGUCUUUCUGUUGACCAUAACAAUAAAGUUUGUUGAUGACAUCAGAGCGUGCAGUGCAUCCCGGGAUGUGUAGUUUUUAAGAGGAGGCGGAUUACUGGUCACGUCAGCGCACUAUUUCCCGUGGUGCUUUGCUCCGUGACGUCAGAGCAGCGCUUGGUUUGAAUCGUCCGCCAUGGUGAACAAGUCUCCGCUCGUCCUGCCAGAUCGUAAGCCCGGGGAGCCCGAUCUACCGGAUGAAUGGCGACUGUACCUGCUCGACACUCGGGUCCGGACCUUCAGCAACUGGCCGUUCACCGAGGGCUGCGCCUGUACACCCGAGCGGAUGGCGGCGGCCGGCUUCAUCCACUGCCCUGGUGGGAACAGCCCAGAUGUUGCUCAAUGUUUCUUCUGCCUAAAGGAGCUGGAAGGAUGGGAACCGGAGGACGACCCCAUGGAAGAACAUAGGAAGCACUCCCCUGCCUGUCCAUUUAUUGCUCUGAAGAAAAAGGCUGAAGAGCUAACGCUCAGUGAAUUCCUGAAGCUGGAUAAGGAACGGGAGAAGAUAAAAAUGAAUCAAGCGAUGAACCAGCACAUUGACAAGUUCCAGGUGGCGUCUCAGACAGUAAGAGCAUCGCUGGAAAAGCUGGAUGCAGAUGAAUGACCCCUCCACACUGUUCCCUGUAUAUAGUGUUAAUAUUUUUAUGUUGGUUUUGUUUCAUUGUUCACAGUAGAGAUGAGCGAACUUACAGUAAAUUUGAUCUGUCACGAACUUCUCGACUCGGCAGUUGAUGAAUU